CCCCACCGCCUGCGCUCGGGUCACAUGACAGCAGCCCUGCGAGCCGGCUCAAACACGCCGGCAUCCUUUUGAUUUGUUCACUUUGGCGGCUUUUCUCUCUGUUCCCUUUCUGGCCCAAUUGCUAUUUAUCAGCCUGGUGUCUGCUCCAAUUUUUGUUUUUGAAUCAUUUAUUUCAGACUUAGGCCACGUGGACUCAAGUGGACUCUUUCGCAACCACUGGCAGGAACCGGUCAUUGCAGGUCUCUAUCAUAAACAUCAGCCUGGUCCCUGGCAGCAGCACAGACAAUGGACAUCAACAAAACCUGUCGGGGCAUUGCAGGCCAUGGGCACCAGCAUGAUCUCUGGAAGCAGUGUGGAUCACAGAAGUCUUUGAAGGAGCUGCUGCUGCUGCUGCUGCUGGGUUUGGAGCUGACUCUAGUCUGUAUCCACACAGAAGAACAAACUGGUGCCAUCGGAAAGAGCUUUACUCCAGAAAAGAUUGAGGGAAAAUGGUAUUCUGUUGGCUUGGCCUCUGACAAAAGAGAAAUAAUAGAAGAACAUGGCAGCAUGAGAAUUUUCGUGGAGCACAUCCAUGUCUUCAAGAAUUCUUCCUUAGCCUUUCAUUUCCAUACUGUGAUAAAUGGGGAGUGUACUGAGCUGUAUUUAGUUUCUGACAAAACAGAAAAGGAUGGUGAAUAUUAUGUCAAAUAUGAUGGAGACAAUAUCUUUAAUGUACUUGCUACAGACUAUGAUGGUUAUAUUAUAUUUCAUCUCAGAAAUAUCAACAAUGGGGAAACGUUCCAGCUGAUGGAGCUCUAUGGCCGGAAAACAGAGUUGAGUUCAAACAUCAAGGAAAAGUUUGUGGAUCUAUGCAAGAAGCAUGGAAUUGUUGAGGAAAAUAUAUUGGACCUAACUGGGGUUGAUCGCUGUCUCCAGGCCCGAGAUGGAGGAGAGGCUUGAUCCUCCAGGUGGGUAAUUUUCAGUGUUGAAUGGGGACUCCUCACCUGGACUCCAGCAUCAUCCCUUCCUGUGCACACACCAGCCUGUGACAAAAUCUGUGAUCUGAUUCCCAUCGCUGUCCUCCAGAAAGUGUAAUCCCUGCAUCCCCAGAGUCUUCCCUGAUUACCUAGGACAACUCAUCUAGAAUCAAAGGUUUUCCUUUAAGUUUCUCUUUGCCACACCCAUGACAACUCCAUGAAUGUUUUCCUUUCCCUAUCCAAUAAAUGAAAACACUGCAGUUUCA